AUGCCGGACUCCAACAAGAGCCCGUGGAACCCGGCUUUUAUGAGCGAAGCUCAGCAACAAUUUCAACUCCAGCAGGCGUCAGCAGCGGCUGCUGCUGCUGCGAACAACAACGCGUCAUAUGGGUUCAGAAACCCAUGGCUGGAGGCUGGAGCUUCCAAGCGAAACUCGCUCGUUUUUGCCCAGCAACAACAGCAGCAAUUACCAACCACGUAUGAAGAAGAGCUCGUCAGCAGAGCUCGGAGACGCAAUUCGAGCCUGGUAAUACCGCCUCCUCGGGCGGCUGGUCCUGCUCCAGAUGCCUAUUCAGCAAUCCACGGUCACUUUGUCUCGCCACAGGGUUAUCCCAAUUAUGCGCAAGAAAUGCAUCGUCGCCAGUCCGUAGCUGUAGCUCCCCAACAUGCAUUUUCCCAGCCAUCAACUGUGGCUAAUCCGAAUUCUGCGGCCUCGGAUGCGUUGGCUAUGCAGGACGCUGGCUUACAUACCCCCAUGCCGCCUUUCCAUCGCAAAUUGAGCUCUUAUACAAACAGUGGAAGCGGCACACUGCCCUUGUCACCUCCUAUGAAGCAACUGCGAAGGCAGCAAGAAGAUCCCAUUCCAAUUGUUCUGCCUCAAACGCACCGUCUCACCUCUCGUCACGACCUGCGUCCCAAGUUAAAUGCUACUCCCAAAUAUCGUCGUGCGUCCCUAGACUCGAAGACUGUUUCUCCGCUCGUGGCACUUACAAAGGCACUCACGACUACAUACUCUCUUUGUUCUCCAGAGUUCUCGUAUCAGACUUCGCGAAACCCAAAACGUGUCCUGACCAAACCUAGUGAGGGAAAGCAUAACAAUGGCCACGACAACGUUAACAGCGACUACAUUCUUUACGUGAACGAUGUUCUUGGUGUCGAACAAAAUCGGAAGUAUCUAGUGUUGGACAUUCUGGGACAGGGCACAUUUGGUCAGGUCGUCAAGUGUCAGAAUUUGUUGACUAAAGAUAUUGUGGCAGUCAAGGUUGUCAAGUCCAAGAGUGAAUACCUCAAUCAAAGUAUCACUGAGGCUAAGAUCUUGGAACUGUUGAAUAGCAAGAUUGAUCCCAGGGGUGAACACCAUUUUUUGCGAAUGCACGAGACUUUUGUGCACAAGAAUCAUUUAUGUUUGGUCUUUGAGCUACUAAGUAGCAACCUUUACGAACUACUCAAGCAAAAUCAGUUUCAUGGGCUUUCAAUAAGUCUUAUCAGAACUUUCACUCGUCAACUACUUGCGUCAUUGCACGUUUUGAAAGAUAAUAAAUUGAUUCACUGCGAUCUGAAACCAGAAAAUAUUCUGCUUGUGUCACUGGACAGGCCCGAAUUGAAGGUGAUUGAUUUUGGAUCUGCGUGUGAAGAAUCCAGAACACUGUACACCUAUAUCCAGUCUAGAUUUUACAGGGCACCGGAGAUCAUCCUAGGGAUCCCGUAUUCAACUGGUAUUGAUAUGUGGUCUCUGGGCUGUAUCGUGGCGGAGUUGUUUUUGGGCAUACCUAUUUUUCCCGGUUCAUCCGAAUUUAACCAAAUCACCAGAAUUGUGGACACAUUAGGAUUGCCACCCACUUGGAUGCUGGACAUGGGCAGGAACUCUUGUAAUUUUUUGACUAAACAUGAAGACGAGGAAGAAAAAGACUGGAAAGUAAAAAGUGUUGAAGAGUAUAAUUUGGAUUUUCAUGCCAAUGAACAAGUUGGGAAGCAAUAUUUCAAAUGGAACAAACUGGACGACAUCAUAGAGAACUAUCGUAUAUCGAAAAAAAUACUGGGCUCGAGUAGCCUGGUAGAGAAGGAGAAAAAGGAUCGCAAAUGCUUGACGCAUUUCUUAAAAGGUUUGCUGGAUUUGAAUCCUUUGGAAAGGUGGACCCCACAGCAAGCGGCUAUGCAUCCGUUCAUUACGCAGCAACCAUUCACAGGUGAAUGGUAUCCACCUGGUAGCUUGCCUAGAAAAUCAGAAAAACCGUCAAACUUACAAGACCGAAGCGCUACCUCUGAAAUUAAUAAACUAAAGAUCGAUGAUCAAUAG